AUAUAUAUAUUUCUUAUAUAUAUAUAAACAUAUUUAUUUAAUUUAUAUUAAAAGAAAAAAUUAAAAAAAAAAAUUUGACAAAAUAAUUCAUACGUACAUAUACAUCCAACCUAUUAUAAAUAAAAUUUAAAUUUACAAAUAUGAGGCAAUACAAUACUAGAGUAAUUGCAUUUUUAUGCUUUAUAACAACAUUAACAACAGUAUGUAAUGCAUUACCAGUAACAAAUAGUAAACCGGAAUUAGAUAUAUUCAAUAUACCAAUUAGUAAUGGAAAGGAAUUGGAUGUUCUGACAUUAGGUGAUGAAUCAGAAAUAAAUGAAAGAAAUAAACGGACUAUUGGUAUAUUAAGAGAUUUAUUCCCAGAAAUUAGUAAGUUAACUGGUGGUGAAAAUUCACUCGAUUUGAAUGCAAUAAAUAAACAAUUAGAGGAGACAAUACGUGUUGCAAGACAGACAAAUCUUAAUGAGAAUGCUUUAGCGAAUAGUAUUAAUAGUGAAGCUGUAAAUGAUGUACCAACUACGAAAACUGAUCAACAAACAUCGGAAUCUAAAGCACCGGCAAUCGAUGAGCUUACAUUAGACUCAUUGGAUGAUGGGGAUGAUCGCAAUAAGAGACAAGGAUUAUUUGGCGGUGGAGGUGGAAGUGGCGGUGCUGGUUCCGGUAAUUUUCUUUUCGAUAUUAUUAGAUUAUUCUCUGGUAGUGUUCAAUCACAAGGUACCGGAAGUAGUGGUUCAACUGAUACAGAUUCAUCAUCAAAUUCAGAUGAUGAUGAUGAUAAUGAUAAUGAUGAUAAUAGUAGUAAUAAUGCUUAUACUGAAGGUAUUCCUGGACCAGUAACAAGAUUAGUUGUAUUAGCAAAUCGUGGUCUAGCAAAUCUUAUUCAAGAUUUAAUAUUGCGUAUUGCUGCUACCAGUGAAAGAUUAGUCAACUUUAAGGCAAGACUUAUUACAGCAUUAAUUUAAAUUUAAUAUACAUUCGGUAUUCAUGUAUAUACAUAAAAAAAAAAAAAAAAAACAAAAUUUUAAAAUAAAGUGUUCUUCCAUUUUUAAAACUAUAAACUAAAAAAAAAAAGAAACAAAAAAUGAAUUAUUAAACUCGCUCACAAGAAC